AUGUUUUCAAUAGGUAAAAAAAAGUUCAUAAAUCUAGCAAGAUCUCAAGUUAGAUUUAAUAGUUCAACAACUACAAAAUCUACACAAUCUAAAGCUAUAAACUACACCUUACUAAGUUUUGGUGCGUUGAGCGCUGGGUUUUUAAUUGGGAAAUCAUUAAAUAAAUCAUCGUCAACAAAUACAACCGCUACAAAUUCCAACUCAACCAAAGCGCCACAAAAGUCAGAUUUUUCAACGGCUCAAUUAUCAACAUUAGACUCUCCAGUAUAUGCAAAUGAAGAAGAAUUUAAAGAAGGGUUGAAACAAAUAAUUGAAAUUGUUGGUGAAAAAAAUGCAAAUUUUGACAAAGAAUCUCUUGAUUCACACAACGACUCCUAUUUUUCAACUCAUCAUCCUCCUAAGCCAGAUGAACAAAGACCUAAUGUUGUCAUAACACCUCACUCAACUGAAGAAGUUUCGAAAAUUAUGAAAAUUGCUCAUCAAUUUAGAAUUCCUGUUGUUGCAAGUUCUGGACUAACUUCAUUAGAAGGUCAAAUCAUUAAUACAAGAGGUCCUUACAGUAUCUCAUUAUCAUUUUCUGAUAUGGAUAAAGUAUUGGAAUUUCAUCCAGAAGAUUUGGAUAUUGUUGUUCAGCCAGGUUUGACGUGGAAUGAAUUAAAUGACUUUCUUCAAGACCACGAGAAGGGCAAAAACCUUUUAUUUGGACCGGAUCCUGGACUUGGGGCAGGAAUUUCUGGUUGCAUUGCCAACAGUUGCUCGGGUACACAAGCGUUUAGGUAUGGUACUAUGAAAGAAAAUAUUGUGAAUUUGACAAUUGUUCUAGCAGAUGGAACAAUUAUAAAAACAAGACGAAGACCGAGAAAGACAUCUGCAGGAUAUGAUUUAACCAGAUUGUUUGUAGGUAGUGAAGGUACGUUGGGUAUUAUUACUGAGGCAACAGUCAAAUUGCAUGUUAAACCAAAAUUAGAGUAUAUUACUACAAUUGCAUUUCCAACGAUAAAAGAUGCUGCAGCCACUGCUCAAACUAUUAUAUCACAAGGUAUACAGCCCAAUGCUAUGGAGUUGGUCAAUGACACAAUGAUGUCAUUUGUCAAUGAAGCUUCAGAUGAUGAUGAAAAAAAGUUAGAAAAACCAACAUUAUUUUUCAAAUUAGGUGGUCCAACAACGAAAGCUAUUGAUGAACAAAAUAAGGUGAUCAGUGAGAUUGCAAAUAAGAACGAGGCUAUUAAAAUUGUGAGAAGUUCAAAUCAAGAUCAAAAUGAAGAACUUUGGGCUGCGAGAAGAAGUGGGUUAUGGUCAACUUUCCAAUAUGGAGAAAAAUGUUUAAAAGAUCCAAAAGAUGUACAAGUUUGGACAACAGAUAUAGCUGUUCCAAUAUCAAAAGUUAGUGAAGCUAUAGCAGAAGUUAAUGAUGAUUUAAUUAAUUCAGGAUUUGGUGGUAAAUUUUCAAUUUUAAGUCAUGUAGGUGAUGGAAAUUGUCAUUUUAUUAUACUUUAUAAUUCACCUGAUUAUGAUAAAGUUCAUAAAGCAGUUGAUAGGAUGGUCGGAAAAGCUUUGAAGUUUGAAGGUACAUGUACUGGUGAACAUGGGGUUGGAUUAGGUAAAAGAAAAUAUCUUGAUGAAGAAUUAGGUGAACCUGCAAUUGAUACAAUGAGACAAUUAAAAUUAGCAUUAGAUCCAAGAAGAAUUCUUAAUCCUGACAAGAUUUUCAAGAUAGAUCCAAAAGAUGACUUAGAUGAACAAUUAAAUGCUGGUCAUAUUUUAAAAGAUAAUAAACCAAUGCUUAAUCAUUAA